AUUUUCUUUCCUUUGCAAAAAAUCAAAAGCAAAAAAUAAAUUCGAUUCCUCUUCCACCUGGACUUCAGUGGUUGUUUUCAUUCGAUUUCGACCGUGUGUGAAUUAAAAUUAUGAAAACUUGAUUUCUUCAAGGAAAAUGCUGCCAUUGUAAAAAUUGCAACGAUUAAUCAUGAUAAAAUUGGUCUUGAAAUCGAGGAACAUUCCUCAAGAACUUGGACGUCAUUGGUGGUGCUGUCAUCAGAAGUACGCCACAAGACUGCCAGCGAAGGCAGCAAUUGAUGAUAGGACAACAUCAAGUGAAGUUGAUUUAGUUCAUUCUGUUGCUGUUCCAGUAGAGAAUACAAAUGCUGUUCUGUUGGAUACGUCAAAGCGCACUGAGACGAGCUCUAACGUUACUGUUAAAGAUAUAGUGGAGAAAGUAAAGGUAGAGAGACUUCCAUGGAGUGCUAGUCCAACGGAAGCGGUCAGUCUUGUAAGCAAUUACAAAAAACUGUCAAAAUUCCGACUGACAUCUCUCGUUGUAAUAACGUCCAUGGCAGGCUACGCAAUGGCUCCAGCAGCCUUCGACCCAACGACCUUCGCUCUUUGCUCUUUAGGAACCGGUCUCAUGUCGGCAGCCGCUAAUUCCGUCAACCAAUAUCACGAAGUUCCUUUCGACUCACAAAUGUCGAGAACUAAAAACCGAGUUCUUGUCACAGGACAACUAACUCCAGCUCAUGCAAUUGGCUUUGCUGUGAUUUCAGCCACCACCGGUCUGGGAAUGCUCUAUUUUGGUGUAAAUGGUUUGACGGCUGCUCUGGGAGCUGGAAAUCUGUUCCUUUAUACGUCUAUCUACACGCCAAUGAAACGUAUAAGCAUUCUCAACACCUGGAUAGGUUCUUUUGUAGGUGCUAUCCCACCACUCAUGGGUUGGGCAGGUUGCGCUGGAACUCUAGAUACGGGUGCUUGGAUCCUGGCUGGUCUUUUGUAUGCCUGGCAGUUUCCACAUUUCAAUGCCCUGUCAUGGAAUCUGAGGCCAGAUUACUCACGGGCUGGCUAUAGAAUGAUGUCGGUCACCAACCCAGCACUCUGCCGUCGUACCGCAUUAAGGUAUACCGGUGCCAUUGCCAUUCUUUCUGUAGCCGCUCCUCUGCUCGAUGUCACAAAUCCAUGGUUUGCUCUUGAAACGCUGCCUCUGAAUGCAUACUUUUGCUACCUUGCAUGGAAAUUCUAUCAAAAGUCAGAUAGUGGAAGUUCUCGAAAGCUCUUUCACUUCUCACUGAUACAUUUGCCUGCUUUGAUGGUGCUUUUCCUUCUCAACAAAAAAAGAUGGAUCUUUACUGAGAAAUCAACUGAAGAGGCAAUCCUAGCGUCUGUCGAAAGUUCUACAGAUACAGUAACAUCAAAAGGGAGUUUCCUUUCCACUCCAAGAGCCUCGUCGUUAAGCAAUGUUUUGUCAGUUGCUGCUGCUGCUAGUCCCUCACCACCAACAACAAAAGUUUCCCAAGUUGACAACCAUAAAACAACAGCUGAAAUCACGCUGUGACAGCCAUUCUUGUAGGUUUUUAUUUAAAUUAUUGUUAAUACAGAAGAUGUAGAUGGCUAGGAUGCGCUCUGAAGUACAAAAAAUGAGCAUAUCCCAAUAAAUACCUAUGUUCUUGGCACUUAAAUAACUUAAAAAUACGAAUUGUAUUUAAACAAUUAAAAGAGAUAGUCCUUUAUUAGUACACAUGAAAAUUAUCCAAGAGCUGCUUUUACUUUGACUACAAAGUGGGAGUGGACCGACGCAUUGAAUCAAAUUAUUUUAGUGUAAAUAUUUGAAUAAAGUAUUAAUGUCAAAAUAAACAAUAUUAGUAAAACAAUAAAAGUUGUAACCUUUUAAAGUAAAAUAUAUUUGUUGUCUGACAAAUUA